GACAAAAACGCUUCCGGUGGAGGAUACAAACUUCCUGCAAUAGAUCCUUAUUCAACAUACAGGUCUCGUUGGAUGUGAAGAUUUCGACGAUGUAGUUGUGGUUUCCUUUUUUUAUUUUAUUGCGCUACAGGUUUCUUGGAGGCACCAACGCACGAUUCGCUAUGGCUUCUACAAAACAAAAGACAUCAAGGAACAAAGAUGAUGCUCCUCAUGAGCUAGAGAGUCAGUUCAUUCUAAGGCUUCCACAGGAAUAUGCAUCCACUAUCAGAAGGAUGGUCCAGUCUGGAAAUGUCAAUGCAAAAGAUCGACUAUCUAUUGAAUUACAUCCGGAUGGUCGUCAUGGGAUUGUACGAGUUGAUCGGGUUCCUCUGGCUGCGAAGCUGGUUGAUGUUCCAUGUAUCCUAGAGUGUUUGAAAACCAUUGAUAAAAAAACUUUCUACAAGACUGCAGAUAUCUGCCAGAUGCUGGUUUGCACUGUGGAUGGUGAUCUCUAUCCCCCAUUGGAAGAGCCAACUGGGACAAGCGACCCAAAGGCCAGUAAGAAAAAAGACCGGGAUAGAGAGAAAAAAUUCAUUUGGAAUCAUGGAAUCACACCUCCUCUGAAGAAUGUGCGAAAAAGACGCUUUAGGAAAACAGCCAAGAAGAAGUACAUAGAGUCCCCAGAUGUGGAGAAGGAGGUGAAACGUCUCUUGAGUACAGAUGCUGAGGCAGUUAGUGUGCGCUGGGAAGUGAUCGCUGAAGAUGAGACCAAAGAGACAGAAAAUUUGACUGGUUUAGAUGGCUCUCCAGGCAUGUCUGGAAUUAAGCAAGGUCGUGGAUCUUCAGUGGAGAGGGAUGAGUUACGUGAAAUCUUCAAUGACAUUAGUAGCAGUAGUGAUGGAGAAGAGGAGCAAGAAAGACAAGAGGAGGAGGAUCUGAAUAUUAUGGAGACUGAAGAGGAGCAAAGAGAUCGCCAGGAUGGGGGUACCAAUCAAAUUGUGCUGGAGCUACAGAAACAGGUUGAGAAUUUACAGAAAAAACUACGUGAAACUCAAGAGAGGAGAAAACGUCAAGAAGAGCUGAUAAUGAAAGUGGAGAAUGUGGCACUGAAGACUCGUCUUCAAGCUGUGCUAGAUGAAUUCAGACAACAAGAGGACAGAGAAAAACAACAGGUGACGUCCUUGCAAGAGCAGCUUGAAGCAUUGAUAGAGAAGUAAUGAGACUGCAGUUUGGAUUUUUUUUUUGCCAGAACUAGAUUACUUUGACUGUCUGCUCUUGAGUCUAAAAUUCUCAGAUGAAACAUAUUUGUUGACCCUCCAGUUGCCUGUCACAAUUAGGGUUACUGUACCAGGUGUACCACCUUCCAAUAUUUGUGAAGUCUGCUGCAUUUGUAAAUGUUACUUGAACUUCAUUGUACAUGAUUUGUAGUGUCCUUAAUAAACAACUGCUUGUCAUUUUA